UUGGGUCGCCAUGGUAACAAGAAGACCCCCCCCUCGCCCCGUCGUGUGUCGUUCACCGGUGAAUAAACAACACAACGAAAUGAAGCGCUCGUGCCAGAAUACAAACAGAUAAAUAAAUAAAGCGACCGUUCAUCUUUAAUAAAAGAGCUGGAGUUGACCUUCCUUCAGGAUGGAUGUGGCUUUUUCUGGGCUCCAGAUGCUCCCUGAGACCCCCAGGACAGCGAGGCCCCUGCCCCUGAGACAGCUGGUGGAGGAGAGCCGGAAAACGCCCAGGCAGCUGCUGGAAUCCAAGACUGUUGCCAACCCAAAACGCAACAGCCAGGUCCAAGCAGAACCGCCAGAACUUCAUUUCAGUGGCUUUCAGCUGAACAAACAUUAUCAGAAAACUCUGAAACUCAUCAACGUCUCAUCAGAGGCCCUGAGGAUUCACAUCGUUCCGACACUCACCGAGCACUUCCAGACAACUUUCACCAAAAAGUAUCGACUCAUCCCCGGGCUCGCCUACACCCUGAAGGUCGCGUUUUGUCCGGACGAGUGGCGGUACUUCUAUGACUGCAUCCAUGUCUGCUGUGAGGGGGAAGAGAACCUGUUAAUUCCAGUUCACGCAUACCCUGUCAUCGACGACCUGCACAUCCCCGCCCACAUCGACCUGGCAGCCGUACCGCUCGGACAGAGCGUUCAGCGUGUCAUUCCUCUGAGAUGCCGCUGUCCCGUCGAUUUCGAGUUCCAGGUGUUGCUCAUCCAGUCACACGAGGCUUUCUCCGUCCAGCCUCUCGCAGGUGUCAUCUCAGCCAACGAGGAAUCAAAGAUCACCGUGACCUUCAGUCCUCGUCAGUACCGGACCUCCAGCAUCACCUUCCAGCUGGUGGUGUCGCAGUUCAACACCAAGCCUUACCUGUGCACCGUCACCGGCAGCUCGGCGCCUCACUUAGGCCCGAGCGUUCUGCAGAAUCAGCCGAGUCGCACAGAUUCAGCUCCUCCAGAACAGAAGGGACUUGCUCCCCUGAAAAGAGACAAAACCAAACGCAGGUCAAGCAAGGAGGCGAGCAAACUGAAGAGGCUGGGAGAUCAGGCGGGUGUUAGGCAUGGAUUAGCACCUUCCGUGGAUGUCUGCACCCCUGCAGGGGUGGCCAGGACGCUCAUCAAAGACAUCAAUAAACCCAACGUUAAAGACCCAGAGAAAGCUGCAACUUGUGACAGUAUGGUGGUGCUGCAGAGCAGGCAGGUGAAGGAGAAGGUUCUUCAAGCCAAGAGGGAGGAAGAAGAAACCAAAGAGAAAUGCCAGACCCGUCUGGGCACGGAUCCCAUGUCGGAGCAAACCAGGAAGCAGAUCCUGGAGGAAGGAGAAGCAGCUCUGCAUGAACUGGCGCGUAAAAGAGGAGAUGCAGAGCCGGCUGAAGACUUUGCUCCUGAAGAAACCAUACUUUCAUCCGGAAGGGUGCUUCGUGAAGCAGAACAGGUUCCUGAGGGGUUUUCGUCCUUCCAGUUUCUUAGCCCUGUUCCAUGGGAGCUAAGCCUCAGACUUCUGCGACUGUUUCAGCAGGCAGCCCACAAGAUCGUUAUCCAGUGUCGGGUGAGGAGGAGACUGGCCUGUUUGAGGAGGAAUCUUCCCUCAAUACAGAAAGCUGCAGAAUCAAACAAGGGGUCCUUUCAGAUUCCUCCAGACAAAGUGUUUCCUCCGUCCCUCUUGGUCUUCUCCGGUGAGGACGAUCCUUUGACUUUCAGUAAUUUAGCGCCAGAACCGGUGGACGCCAUCAACGUGACCGCGGCGACACGUGUCCCUUUCUUCCAACUUCAAGUUCCUCAGCACUACAAGCUCAUGGGCUACCGACCCGUUUCAUUAUGGGAUGCUUUUCAUUCCUACGUUCCAACAACUUUGGCCAGGCCACUUCGCUCUGGAUCUCCGAUUGAAGCCCAGAAUUCCGAGUUAGUGGAGCUCAAAGGAAUGCAGAAGGAACUGACAGAUCCAGCAGACGAGGAAGCGCUUGCUCUUUCUUUCAGGGCUCCGGACGCUCUGACCAGACCUCUCGCCGUAAACCCGCUCAGAAUUUUCAAUCCAGCACCUGGUCUUCAGGCUUUCAAGCCUGUCCCAAAAUUCCUUGAGAGCGAUCUGGAGUUUUAUCUCUGUCCUUUACCAAGGUAUUCAUUACCUGAGAACAACUCGAGCAGCUUUGGAGCUCAGACCUCAAACAGUCAGAAGAGGUUUCUCAAUUACAAAACGGAGCUGAAGAAAGUCAUGACGUGGCAGAACUUUGAUUCCAAGUUGCUAAAUGAUUUGUCGAGUCAACCGGCUCUCAGCAGUGCCAGCGCCCCUCGGAGGUCCAUCGACUACAACACAGAUAUCCUCCGUCUCGCAGCGCCUCCUCCCCUCCCCGCUCUCCCUGAUGAUCUGGUGCCACUAACAGACACGCCGUGCGACGGCUCAGGAGUGCAGCUGACACCUGAGAUGAUCCGAGCCGAGUUCCUGUCUGGGAAAGCGCUGGUCGCCAAUAGCAACCUCACCGCAGGACUAACAGCUCGGGAGCGUCACGCAGAGGAGACCCGCCGAUCUGAGAUCAGCCAGAUGGGGAGAAGAGUGAUGGCCAGGCUGAAGGAGCUCCAAGUCACAGGCAGAGAGACCCACUCACCGGCAGAGGAGUGUGAAUAGGCAGAACCCAGCACUCCAAAGGCACAUUAUACAUCCCACUCGCCACAUACACUCCGAAAAAAACCCCACCUUGAAGGCUCUUUUUCCACCCACUCACAAGUACUAGAAAGGUUUUAAAUGUGUUACUCCCGCCUCCAGUCAGUUCCUCUGCAAGCACAGCUGCAGUGUAGUGUGAAAAUCUGCAAAUAAUGAGGCAGUUUUCCUGCAAACGCAGAAGCACGGAAAGCCGUCUGAUAUGUUCUGAUGCUUUUUCCCCAAAAUUUGACAUAUAAAGCAACAGAUUGAAUCUUGUAGAUGCAUUAUUGAUUUUUUAUUUUUUUAAAUUCACUGUUCACAUGAAUGAAAGCAACCCAGCCGAGGUCGGAACGUAAACAAGGGAGGUUCGCCCACCACCCAUAGAGGGAGCUCCGACUCUGUGAGUUUGGCGGCAGCCAGAGAAGGGUGACCACAUCUAUUUGUCCUGAGUUGCGGGCUGUAAAUACGAAAAACAAUUCCCUGCAUGAACUCCCUUUUCCAGACAGAAAUAUGCAAAAAAAAAAAAAAAA